AUGGCAAUUACAAUUAGCAGUUCAAAAACUUGUGGUGGUAAAUGUGAGACAAGGAAAGAUUAUGGCAGCUGUUUGAUCGACUCAUCGCUAUCACGCAGUUCUCCUUGUUUCACUGCUGCUAGCUCUUCAAGUUGUGACAGUAUUCAAAAAAUCAACAGAAUGAACUGUAGCAUCCAGAGUUCUCGUAACGAAGUUGUCCUCAAUGGCAAGGAAAUAGUUUCUGUUGUUGAAAGCCAUUCACCUCAUUUUCCCGCAGAAGGAGCCGGAUAUCUGAAUAAUCAAGAUGGGCCAAGUACAUCUUGUGAGAUUCCAGAUAUAAAUUGUGAAUUGGCUGAUGAUUUUGCUACUAAAUCUAGUGAAGAGCCUCCCUCUAAAGGCACGGGAGAAAGUUUUCCUGACUAUCCAGUUGUUGUGCCGCGGAGGAAGAAUCACAGAAGGCGGCGUUUGCGUUAUACAGUACCAGUUAGGAAACUUUCUAUAAAACCUUGUCAAAAAACAACCUCUGUUGAGGGAUUGUUCUCGUUAAAGCACUCAUCUUUUCAUCGACCAAACUUUAUUAACACUGUGAUAAUGGGUGGCUAUGAAAUGGACACGUGGUUUUGGUCGCCAUAUCCCAAUGAGUGUGUAACUUCUGGUACAAUUUAUAUCUGUGAAAAAUGCCUCGAAUUGAAGAGGAGCAAGGACACGCUUCAAAGUCACAACGUAAUCUAUUUUACUCGGAUUCAUUUUGAGAUUUUUAUCCAUUUCUUCAAACUUGAUAGAUUUGAACCUGUAAGUCUUCCAGUUUUUUGUUGUGCUUCCCAGAGUAAAUUUCUAGGUUGCUCUAGAAGUAUUAAAACUAAGUGUUGUUGCCUCCAGUCAUUCAGAGCAUUUAGGUGCGUUGUAAUGCUAUUUAUCCGCCUGGUGAUGAGAUAUUUCGCCAAGCCGACAUCUCUGUGUUCGAAGUUCGCUUUUCUGUUUAUUUGUUUGUUUAACGUUGACGGUGAAAAGGCUAAAAUAUAUUGUCAGCAUCUAUGUAUGCUUGGAAAGCUCUUCAUCGACCAUAAGGCGUUGUUUUAUGAUGUAGAACCGUUUCUCUUUUACGUUGCUACAUUGCACGAUACUUCCGGUUUUCAUUUAGUCGGCUAUUUCAGUAAGCAAAAGCAUAGUGAGGAGAAGCACAAUUUGUCUUGUAUCGUUACGCUUCCGUGUUACCAGGAAAGGGGAUUUGGUCGUUUUCUGAUUGACUUUAGUUUUCUUUUGACUCGAAGAGAGAAUAUAUUGGGCAGUGCGGAAAAGCCGCUGUCUGAAUUAGGACUGAUAGCAUACCGGAGUUACUGGCGAACAGCGAUUUUAGAGUUUCUGUAUUUGAAAAAGGAACGGGAUGGAGACUUUCGUCAUCUCUCCGUAGAUGAAAUUGCUAAAGCAACGGGUAUUGAACAUGAAGACGUGCUUCAAACAUUGAAUAGACUUGAAAUGCUUUCCUUUGACGAUGAUUCGUUGCUGCUUGAAAUAAAUUUCACGGCAGUCAGGUCUCAUUGGGAAAAGGCUAAAAGUGAUCCUAGGCGUAUUUGGAUUGACGAGAAGAAUUUGAAGGUGAGGUAUAUUUACACCCUAAGUGGAUUUCUGUGA